UCCAGUCACCGCACUCCACCCACUCGCUCUCUCUACACACACACACACACACAAACACUCGCAGAACUCCUUCUAAAUGUCAGUCAAACUCGCAGCAUCUAAUCCCUGGGAUUUGCAAAACACUCAUAUGCACAGACCAUAAAUACCCCCUGGCCAGAGCAAGUCUAAACUUUGACCCAGAGUUUUGGAGAAGAGCGCAACAAAAGAACAAGCAAACGUAUCAAGAAGGCUUUGUUUUUUUUUUGAUAAGAACCUGCAGGAAUCGGUCUGUGCCAUCGCGACAUUGUGGGGCGAUUCGCUUUCCCACUUUCAGGAUGAUCCUUGGGGUUUCUGGUUGGAUGAUGCUGUGCCUUUUAGAACUAGUUUCUGCUGCCGACCAGGGCUGUCCCAGUAAGCAGCAGGUGCUGAGUGCGAUACGGCAGAUGCAGAAGCUGCUGUCCACGCAGGAAACCCAGUACACACAGGGUAUUCGCACGAUGAAGAGGAAGCUUAGCCUGUUGCAGAACACAAUGAACAAACAGGUUGCCAAGCACAACGAAACCUGUCCCAGGCUCAAUGCGCCAAGCAAUGGGAAGAAAUUUGGGAGCAGGUACCUAUUGGGCCACGAGGUGCACUAUGCCUGUGAUCCUGGGUUUGUGCUGGUCGGCUCGAACACCAGGGUGUGUCUUAAGUACAGGAGCUGGAGCGGACAGUCGCCUUUCUGUAAAAAUAUAAAUGAGUGUGCCAGUAAUCCUUGUCUCAAUGGUGGGACGUGCGUGGAUGAUGUAAACCGCUUUGCCUGUCUCUGCCGUACAGGCUGGGCUGGUUUAGACUGCCGCCUUGCCUUAGACUCACAGCGGACAAUGGUGCAGAGUGAUCCAUCCUACAGCCGCCAACCACGGUGCGCGGACAUCCAGGGAUCCCAACACUGCAGCUGCGAGACCGGCUUCCAGCUGAAUGCGGUGGACCUGAGGCAGUGUCAUGAUGUAGAUGAGUGUGAGAUGUUUCAUACUGGCAGAUUGGCUCGUCUUUGUGUACAUGCCUGUGUGAACACACCAGGUUCCUAUACUUGUACCUGCCCAUCUGGAUAUAACAUCCUGGAGGAUUCUCGGAGCUGUGAAGAUAUUAAUGAGUGUUUGAGCAAUCACCAUAACUGUACUAGAGAAGAGAUUUGCAUUAAUAUACACGGUGGCUUCCACUGUGUUCACCCGGAGUGCCCAAAAUCUCGGCAUAAUGCGAGCUACGUAAAAACAUCACAAUUUAAAUGUGAGAGAAACCCAUGUCUGGUGGACAGCAAGUCGUGUGCAAAUGCCGCCUACUCCAUUACCUUCCAUUACCUCACCCUGACCUCGAACCUGCGAGCCCCUAGGGCUCUGUUCCGGAUGACAAGCAGCCGAUUCACGGGGGACACCAUGCGCUUCAGCAUCGUGGGCGGCGUCGGGCAGAACCAUUUUUCCAUCCAGAGGUCGGAAAGGCAGACAGGGGAGCUGGUGCUGGUGCAUCCCAUCCAAGGCCCUGCAACCUUGGAGGUUGAAAUGGAAAUGACGGAACUCCAUGGGAAAACUGUCCUGACCAAACACAUCUCCAAGGUCGUUAUUUUUGUCUCACAGUACAACUUCUAGGUGAACUCCACAUUCCGGCAUGACCCCCCCCCCCCUUCCGUGUUUUUAAAGGAGAACCGAGAUAAAUCAAGCGUAUAACCAUUAGAGAGUUUAAAAAUGCUUAAAGUAUUCAGAAUAAUAUCAAGCUACACUAUAAUGGGCGUGCAUGCAGCUGCCAUGCCAGAAUGAAGGAGAACCUCAGAGGAACAAGGCUGAAGAGCUGGAUGAUGGGAAGAGUUGCAUUGGUAUUUAAAUUGCAAGAGGCCUACAAUAUCCUAAGCCCUUGUAUGUGCUUGGUCAGGCAAGUUCCUUACACCAAAGUUUUCAGAAGACCCUUUCCACCUUUCGUUGGCAAUAGUCUUGUAUGGUGUUAUGGGUAGAGUGGGUCAUACUAUUCAAACAUUUGAAGUGAUAAUGGAACAAUUCAUUAGUGGACAUCUAUUUUGUCCCAUCUCCUUGUACCAUAAGAAGGUGUGGGGGAAUGGAAGAAGAUGGAGGAGGGUCAGUGGGUAUCCAUAUAUCUGUGAGUCCAGUUAUUGGCAGUAUUGGCAGUAUUGUUUCAGGAACACUCUGUGAAUUUUUUAUAUUAUCUGUUCCUUCCAAA